AUCGUACAUAAUAAGCACCUUCCUCGAAUCUUCCUGGCAAUCACACCUCGGAUCAAGCACGCAUAAAAACUUGAGCAGAGCUGCUCGAUCCGUCGUUGCCACGGCAAAAACGAAGGCGAUCGAGACGAAGACCAGCAAGCAACAAGGCAUAUGGCGGUGGCCGGGGCCGUCGUGAAGGUGUACGGCUCGGCGGUGUCACCGUUCGUGGCGACGGUGCUGGUGUGCCUGGAGGAGGCCGGCGCCGCCUACGAGCUCGUCCCCGUCGACAUGGCGGCGCGCGAGAACACGGCGCCGCACCACCUCGCCCGUAACCCGUUCGGCAAGAUCCCUGCCUUCGAGGAUGGAGAACUCAUGCUAUUUGAAUCCCGUGCCAUUUCAAGGCACGUGCUCCGAAAGCACUACAAGAACGGCGGCGGCGGCGACCUUCUCAGGGAAGGCGACCCCGAGGGGGCGGCCAUGGUGGACGUAUGGCUGGAGGUGGAGGCGCACCAGUACGAGCCAGCCGUCGCGGAGAUCGUCCGGCACUGCGUGAUCCUGCCGAUGAUCGGCGCCGGCGCCGCGCGCGACCAGCUCGUGGUCGACGCGAGCGCCGGGAAGCUUCGCGCUGUGCUGGCGGCGUACGAGGCGCGGCUGCGCGAGCACGAGUACCUUGCCGGCGGCGACGGCGACGACGCCGGCGUCAGCCUCGCCGACCUCGCGCACUUCGGGUUCACCCACUACCUCAUGGCCACCGAGUACGCCGCGCUCGUGGAGGAGCGCCCCGCCGUCGCCGCGUGGUGGCGGAGGAUCGCCGCCAGGCCGGUCGCCGCGCUCAUGUCCUGGCCACCGCCGCCUAGUUGACCCCGUGACUGACCGACAAGCGGGGCCCAUAUUCUACCUGACAUAAAAACCUUGUUCAGGUUUCACACACAAAUAAUUGUAAAUCAGAGUGUGUUAUCAGAGGUUUUUUUUUCCUUGAGUGAUUAAAGUUGUUCAUUUCGCA